AUGAACUUGAGAAGAUCUUGGCAGAGGAUUUACGGAGGGGUUCAACGAGUACCAGCAUUACUUUACGCAAACCCAACAUCAAUUCUCCAAUCCAUCAACUGUGACAAGUACGAGAUACUUAGCUUUGAACCACUUCAUGACAUCGGAAAACAUAUUGAAAACAUUCUCACUGAACUUCCACAUCACCUUCCUGAAAGAGAGGCUAUUGCUGUCAAGGACAUUAUUACUUGUACAAUUGGUGGGAAGGAAACUAAACGAACAUUUGAUUAUCGUUGUGCUCUUAUCAUCCUUGCAAAACAAUCAUUCAAGAUUAUCAGUUCGAAGCUGAUUCAGCACCUUUUGACCACGCUGGUGCAAAUUCAAAGAAUUGCUUACAGUUCAGAAGCGGAGAGAACUCCUAAGUCUGUUCUUCGCAUGCGCAACAUGACAUGGUAUCAUGGCAUCUUGUGUAGAGAAGAACUUGGAUUCAAGCUUAAGGAAAUUACCACCCGUAAGCUGUAUGGCAAUUAUUAUCAUAACAUCACCAGCCACGCUGCAAUACAACAUCGCCUGAUCAGUGGAAAAGCAUGCAAUGUCGAAGAGCAAGAACGAAUCUUUAACACCAUUACCAACAUCACUGCGUCUAUUUCCUCCUACCACCCGAGUCACAUCAUUGGAAACAUCUUCAUCAGACUGCAAGCCGAGAAACAGAUGCAAGCUUUCCAAGGCUCUUGUUUCUCUAAGCAAGAAGCAUCUGUUUCUAAGCUUGCAGCAUCACUACCGUCUUAUGGUAACACCGUAAUUCCACAAGACCUAAAAGAGAAGCACAUCAGAUCAUGGCAAGCUCACCUUGAAAGAGUUAGUGAUUUUCUCCUGCCAGGUAAAGGAAUCUGGUGGGUUGAGCAUGAGGAUGGUGAUACUGAAUUUCUUGAUGGGGAAAAAGAAUCAAAUAUAAGUGCGCAAGGUCCUUUACUUCACCACUUUCGGUCCAGCAAUUUUUGUGUUGAGGAACAGUACCUUAUCGAUUGUUGGAAGCAAUGCUUAACAAAUGGUGUUAUCCUUCCAAUAAAGGCCAUUUGA